AUGAACAACGGCGGCGGCUACUGGGUUUCUGAAACCCUAGUCACGAUCUACUACGGCGACGAUGAACACAUCUUCAAUCGGAACCCUAGUCCCGACAGAAGAUUACAAACCUCUGUUGUCAACCCAUCUAGUAUUGUUCAACGCCAAGGUCAGAAAGAUGCACUGGUUCAACGGUUAUUGUUACCGGCUGAUGAACCAUGUGAUCAAAACUAUAGCAUUGUUCCCAUACUUAGCAUGGGUGGGGUUUGGAAAACUACUCUUGCUAGACUUGUGUAUGACGAACAACAGGUCAAGGAUCACUUUGAGCUCAAGGCAUGGGUUUGUGUUUCAGAUGACUUUAAUAUCCCUGGUAUAAGCAAAGAGAUAUUUGAAGCUACAGUGGGUGAGCUAAGGAAGGGAAAUAAAGAUUCUGAUAAUGAAGAUUCUGAUAAUGAAGAUUUUAAUAAACUUCAAGAAGAUAUUAGAGAUCACAUAAAGGGUAAAAAAAUUCUAUUGAUACUUAGAAAAAGUGCAAAAUGCAAAAGCGGAUUUGAAAUAGCCAAACUUAAAGACUUUAAGAAUCUAUGUGGGAAAGUCUCCAUUGUAGGUUUGGAAAAAGUGCAAAAUGCAAUUCAUGCACAGGAUGCGAACUUUUCAGAAAAGAGGCUUAGUGAGUUAGAGCUUGUAUGGGGUGAUGAGCUAUACGAUUCACGAAAUGAAAUGCUUGAAAAAGAGGUCUUGAAUGAGCUAAAGCCUUGUCAAGAUGAGUUAAUAAAACUCAAAAUUAGGUCAUAUGGGGGACUGGAGUUUCCAAACUGGGUUGGGGAUCCCUUGUUUCUUAAUUUGAAGCAUGUGUCAAUAAGUGGUUGUAAGAGAUGUACAUCAAUACCGCCACUGGGACAACUACCAUCACUGAAGGAGUUGUUAAUUGAAGGCUUGCAUGGAGUGGAAGUUGUGCGUUUUGAGUUAUUUGGGACUGGUCAAGCAUUUCAUUCUCUUGAAAUUCUGAGGUUUGAUGAUAUGGGUGGGUGGAAGAAAUGGUCAGGAGCUGUGUUUCCACGCUUGCAAAAGCUUGAAAUAAAAGAUUGUCCUAAUUUGGUUGAAGUCACACUUGAGGCACUGCCUUCACUGAAUGUUCUAACAUUAAUUACGUGUCAUAGUGGUCUGUUAAGAAGUCUGGUUGAAGUAGCAUCAGCAGUCACUAAGUUGAUAAUAUGGGAUAUUUCAGGGCUUAAUGAUGUGGUGUGGGGAGGUGUUAUAGAGUAUCUUGGGGCAGUGGAAGAAUUAAGCAUGUGGAGCUGUAAUGAAAUAAGGUACCUGGUGAAAUCAGAUGCAGAUGCAACUAAGUUUCUUGUGAAGCUGAGGACAUUGAAAGUGGAUGGUUGUGAUAAAUUGGUGAGUUUAGGAGAGAAAGAGGACGAUGAUAAUUGUAGGAGCAACAUGCUAACAUCUCUUAGGAUAUUGGGAGUUUAUAAUUGUCAUAAUAUGGAACGUUGCAGUUGUCCAGAUGGCGUUGAAGAGUUGCUUGUCUUUGAAUGUAGUUCAAUUACAGAUGUCUCGUUUCCAAAAGGAGGACAGGAGAAGCUCAGGUCACUUCAAAUCAGGGAAUGCAGGAAACUAUUGGAAAGUGAGUUGGGAGGACAAAAAAUGAACAACAACAACAACAGAAGCAGCAUGCCGAAGCUUGAAGAUGUAUGGAUAAGUGAUUGGCCAAAUCUGAAAUCAAUCCUUAAUUGUUUGGUUUGCCUCACCACAUUGAAAAUAGAAGAUUGUGAAAGUCUUGAGUCAUUACCUGACAAUUUUUCAUCAUUAACGGAACUGAAUUUAUUCAAUUGUCCCAAAUUGGAUGGUUCCUUUCUUCGUGGCAAUUUGACAUCGUUAAAGAAACUGGAAAUAAAGAAUUGUCCCAAAUUGGAAGUUUCCUUUCUUCCUGACAAAUUGACGUCUUUAAAGACACUGAUGAUAAGUGAUUCCCCCAAAUUGGAUGGUUCCUUUCUUCGUGGCAAUUUGACGUCUUUAAAGACGCUGAUAAUAUUCGAUUGUCAGAGUAUGGAUGCUUCUAUUCCUAGUUGGGUUUGGCCUCCCAAUUUGCAUUCCUUAGUAAUAGCGAACUUGAAGAAGCCAAUCUCAGAGUGGGGCACAAAUAAAUUUCCAACCUCACUUGUUGAAUUGAAGUUGCAAUGUGAUGAUGGAGCUCGUAGUUGCAGUGGGUUUUCUCAUCUUCUUCCUUCAUCUCUUACUUCUCUUGAAUUAUAUGGAUUUAAGAAACUGGAAUCGUUUUCAGUGGAACUACACCUCACCUCCCUCCAAUCUCUCUCUUUUAAAGAUUGCCCUAAUCUGAAGGAAGUAUCUUGGGCUCUUGGCAUCCCCAACACCUCCCCUCCCCUCCCUCCAGCAUCUCACUUUUGGCUUUUGCCCUAA